UAUAUCCCAGGGGAAGUUGUUCUGCCACAGGGGAGCCCCAGUGCCGGUGGCCCACUGCUCCCAGCCCUGGAGGCCCAGCAUGCCGCAAGGUCCUGAGGUUCCAGUGCAGGUGUGGGUGGGCGGCCAGCUGUUCCAGGCCGAGCAGGGCCUGCUGGUGGAGCACUGCGGCUUCUUCCGCGGCCUCUUCCGCUCGGGCAUGCGGGAGGCGCGCGCCGCCGAGGUGCGCUUGGGGGCGCUGAGUGCCGACGGCUUUCGCACUGCGCUGCAGGUGCUGCGAGGGCAGCGGCCGGCGCUGGCGGCGGAGGACGAGCUGCUGCAGGCCGUGGAGUGCGCCGCCUUCCUGCAGGCGCCGGCGCUCGCGCGCUUCCUGGAGCACAGCCUCACAUCGGACAACUGCACGCUGCUGUGUGACGCCGCCGCCGCCUUCGGCCUGCACGAUGUGUUCCACAGCGCCGCGCUCUUCAUCCGCGACGGCGCCCGCGAGCUGGCUGCCGGCCUGGCGCUGCCCGAGGCCCGCGCUUACGUGGCCGCCCUGCGGCCCAGCUGCUACGUGGCUCUGAGCACGCACACGCCCGCGCCCGGCUUCCUGGAGGAUGCGUCGCGCACCAUGUGCUACCUGGAUGAGGAGGAGGACGCGUGGCGCACGCUGGCCGCGCUGCCCCUGGAGGCCAGCACGAUGCUGGCGGGCGUGGCCACGCUGGGCAACAAGCUGUACAUCGUGGGCGGCGUGCGUGGCGCCAGUAAGGAGGUGGUGGAGUUGGGCUUCUGCUACGACCCCGAUGACGGCACAUGGUGCGAGUUCCCCAGCCCGCACCAGCCACGCUAUGACCCGGCGCUGGCCGGUUUCGACGGCUGCCUCUAUGCCAUCGGGGGCGAGUUCCAGAGGACUCCCGUGAGCUCCGUGGAGCGUUACGACCCAGCCGCGGGCUGCUGGAGCUUCGUGGCCGAUCUGCCGCAGCCUGCUGCAGGUGUGCCCUGCACCCAGGCGCGCGGGCGCCUCUUCGUGUGUCUGUGGCGGCCCGCGGACACCACGACCAUCAUGGAGUACGUGGCGCAGACCGACGCAUGGCAGCCAGUGGCUGAGCUGCGGCGUCCGCAGAGUUAUGGCCACUGCAUGGUGGCCCAUCGCGACAACCUCUAUGUGGUGCGCAAUGGACCUUGCGACGACUUUCUGCACUGCGCCAUCGACUGUCUCAACUUGGUCACCGGCCAGUGGACUGCACUGCCGGGCCAGUUCGUCAACAGCAAGGGAGCGCUCUUCACGGCCGUGGUGCGCGGUGAUACUGUCUACACUGUCAACCGCGUGUCCACGCUACUGUAUGCCAUUGGAGGUGGCACCUGGCGGCUGCUCAGGGAGAAGAUCGGCUUCCCUCGCCCCGGUUCCCUGCAGACCUUUCUGCUGAGGCUGCCCGCUGGAGCUCCCGGGCCUGUGGCCUUGCCUUUGCCAGAGCUGUGAUCUCAGAUUGACUUUAAAGGAGGCAACAGGAGUUGUCCCUGAGCCGAAGCUGGGUGUAAAGCUGGGAGGGGAGCCACUGAGAACUUUUUACCUUUUUACCUUUUUACCUCUCCGUUCUUGGUCUUACAGUGAUGUGAACCAAGAAGCUCAGGGGGCACCGAGGGUGCUGGGGUCGGGCCCUCAGAUCUUGGUCUCGGCUGGGAGCUGGUGGGUCACAAGGUCAGCAGGAGGGGCGCUGAGAAUAUAAAUAACCCAUGCUUGUACGGGACUAGGCCACUAAUCCAGCAUGGCUAGACAUGGGUUAAGUGAUUGUAACCAAACUGCCAAUCAGAAGGCAGGAACCUAGGUGCCCAGUAUGUUGGUGCUAGGCCUAAUGAGAGGUGUGGUCUCCAGGCAGGGGCCCACAGGGCUCGAGCUCUACCCCAGAAAAGCUCAAGUUCUAAGGGGACAGGUUCAGUCCAACAAAAGGUUUACACGUAUUUGUCUCCUUCCACGAAGGCUUGAAAGCAACAUGCUGGUUUAAAGUAAAUAAGUAAAUAAAUUUUAAAAGGCACUGCUGGGCCAAGGGGAUAUAAGGAGAAAUGAGUAACUUCCAGAAGGAGGAGAGUGGACAAAUUGCACGGAGGAGAUAGGCAGGCUCACACCAGGCAGACUUGGAGAGGAGACUGGGGAGGGAAGGCCAGGCCAGUGGGGAAGAGUCACCCCCCAGAUCUGGGUGCUGAGGCACCUUAGGGAAGAGGGUGAUUUACGGCAGACACAAGUAAGCUGGUCCUGUGCAGCCUGUGGUUGAGGGAAGGGUCUCCCCUUGGGGACGUAAGAACCUCAGGGAACCUGCAGGUGUCAGCUGUUUGCCAGUUCCCUUUUCUGCCAUCCCCACAGGAACAGUGGAGCACUAACCCUCACGCUUCAGGUCAGGCACGGUGUGAGCCCAUUGCCGCCUCACCUGCUCCAUGUAUGCCUUCGUCUGCGUCCUGUGAGUUCCAUCUCUCCUCCCAGCCAAUGCUCCUGCUGCUCCCUGGGCCUGGAAGAAAUGCCUUUCCUGUCCUCUCCCACUGUCAGCUGGAUUCGUACCUCCUCUGUUCAGGGUCAGCUGGCCCAGCUCCUUGUUCGCCUGACCUUGGCUGCCAGCCUUGUUCAUUGGAUCCCUGGUUGUGACGUCAUUCUGAGUGUUUGUGUGUCCACGUGCAGCAGCCAUGCGCAAUAGUCAGGGCAGUGGACUUGUGCUGCUGGCCAAGGGCAUUUCUACACCUGCAGAAUAAAAUGAGACUUUGAAAGAAUCCAAGCUGUGGGGGCCACUAGUUAGGGACCUGCUAACCUGCAUUGUUAAAUGCAGUCUCGUCCUCCUUCGGACAUCUAGGACUGGCUUCUAGGCAGGAAACUGGCGCCAGGCUGCCCGGUGCUCCAAGUCUGCAGAAGGCCGCCUUCAUGGCCCCAGACCUUCCAGCCCUAGAAUAGCCUUGUCCAAUUAGUGACCACAGGAAAACCUGAGCUCUUGUGAAUGCUAGGAAAUACUUUGACGUCCUUGUCCCCUCCGGAUGCAGUCCAGGGAACCGGCGUCCUCGCUGUGUGGCCAGUGAGAUAAUGUGACGUGGAGAAGUUGAAGGACUGACCCAAAGCCACACAACAAGGCAGAGCCUCUGAGUUCCGGUUCUGCUAAAGUAUAAUUUAUAUCACAUCAGUGACUGACCGGACUCCUAAUGGAACCAGACAAACACAAAGCUGGAUAGAAAGAACAUUGGAGAGAUUGAGAUUUAUAAAUUUAGUUGGGAAAGACACGCUGAAAUAUGUUUGCUGAGAAGCUGGUUAAUGUCUUAAGGGGCAAUAAAACCAUCACGUCUGUGGUUCUGUCCUGGAGAAA